AUACGAUUGGUGUUUAUGCUGAUGCGAUCUCCUUUGCUCAACUACUCCCCCGCAUGCUAGCCAGCUGUAACCCUGUCGGCGCUAUCCGCAAACUGGAUGUUAUAGCCAUCUGUCGUUCGGUAAAUCCGGAAUACUUAGAUGCAAUUUCGUCCGACCUUUUGGAGCAUCAUUGUGAUCAGAAACUUUUCUUUCUGAUUUUAAACUUUCUAUAACCCUUUGCGUUGCACAGAUUCACGAUAUGAGUCAUCCAACAGAGAUGAAGGGUGGUCCGAUAGAGGAUGAUGAUGCGCAGCUGGCGGCCCUGGGCCAUAAGCCAGAGUUGAAGCGUCAAUACUCUAUGUGGUCGAUGCUGGGACUGGCUUUCGCAGUGCUGAACUCAUGGACUGCUCUUUCUGCGAGCUUGUCGAUUAGUCUUUCGUCCGGAGGAAGUACGAGCGUCAUCUGGGGCCUCGUCACGGCUGGAGUUUGCAACUUGUGCAUUGCUGCCUCGUUGGCAGAGUUCCUGUCUGCUUAUCCCACUGCCGGUGGUCAGUAUCAUUGGGUCGCCGUCAUCGCUUGGCCAAAAUGGGUGCCCAUUCUCUCUUGGAUCACGGGCUGGAUUAAUGUGGCUGGUUGGGUCGCUCUCGUGGCUACUAAUUCGCUGCUGUCGAGUCAACUUAUUGUCGGGUGUAUCUCGGCGAUGCAUCCUACUUAUGUGGCUCAGCGGUGGCACCAAUUCCUCAUUUACAUUGGCCUGACACUGGGAGCUUUUGUGAUCAACGCAUUCAUGAACUCUAUUCUGCCCAUGAUUUACCGUGGUGCUUUCUCUUGGUCAAUUGGUGGCUUCGCGGUCGUCUCCAUUACCGUUCUUGCCUGCGCUUCGCCCAACUUCAACUCAGCCUACUUUGUGUUUUGCAAUUUUGUGAACAGCACUGGAUGGCCUGAUGGCGUUGCAUGGAUGCUGGGUCUGCUUCAAGGAGGACUUGGUGUUACUGCUUUUGAUGCUGUGGUGCAUAUGAUUGAGGAGGUUCCAAACCCAUCUAUUGAAGGACCCAAGAUUAUGGUUUCCUGUGUUGGCAUCGGUACUUUCACCGGCUCGAUCUUUUUGAUUGUCCUACUCUUCGUGGCUGGCGACAUGGACCAAGUUACUACUUCUGCUGCCGGUCCGCUCCUGCAGAUUCUCAUCGAUGCCACCAAGAACACUGCUGGCGCGAUCUGCUUGUUGAUGCUACCUCUCGUGUGCUUGAUUCUCGCCAUCCUCAGUGUGAUGACUACUAGCAGCCGAAUGAUUUUCGCUUUCGCACGUGAUGGGGGUCUUCCUGCAUCUCGAUUCUUCGCCCAAGUGCACCCGACGCUCAAGCUGCCCUUGAACGCACUUAUCUUGACUGUAGUCGUUGUCAUUAUUUUCGGCUGCAUCUUCCUGGGAUCGUCCAGUGCAUUCAAUGCUAUUAUUUCCGCCGCAGUCGUUGCUCUUGAUCUCUCCUACGCCAUGCCCAUUCUCGUUAACUGUCUGCAGGGCCGGAGAGCCCUCCCGGAAAGGAAGUGGAAGAUUCCAAAUGCUGUCGGAUGGGUCAUUGAUCUGGUAGGUCAUCAUACUCACCCUGCUGUACAGCCCAUUCUAACGGACAAGAUCUCUCUCGCAUACAUUGCGCUCACGACCGUGUUGUUCGUUUUCCCUCCGUACCAAAGUGUGACUGGCAGUAACAUGAACUACGCUGUUGCUGCAUUCGCGGUUAUCAUUAUCAUCUCUGUUUUCCAGUGGUUCAUCGAUGGACGCAAGAACUUUACCGGUCCCCGUGUUGAUGUCACUAUUGAUGCGUUGAAUAAUGUGCACACGCACGAGGAGGUGCCCGCCAUCCACGAGAAAUAAGCAUGGAGGCAUCAGUUCCCUGUCUCAUCAUCGAAUAGCAGGUGCACGAUAUGAGCUUGGAGACGGCGCGAGACCAAGGGUGUCAUGCACAAUGAGCACAUUCAUCAAUUGGGGUUAUUUUCAGGUGUUGUCACUGUGCAAGAGAAGAUGUAUAUUAAGAAAUACCCUCACAAAAUCCCGGGAAUAAACCGCUUCGUCGACCGAUGCCACUCCUCCCACUCCUUUCCAAAUUUCCCUUUCAGCAUUUCCUCCUCAUCCUUCACCCUCAUGAACAGCACGCAACUUGCACCCGAGAUAUAUGUCCCGAGCACACCCAACCCCCACCCGGACCAUCGGGCCAGCAUGGUCUCGGAAAUCCAACACGCGGGCACCGCAUCCCAUCGAAAAAACAACGACACGACACCAAACCCAAUCACCACCAGCCCGGUGUAACUCGGAUGUUGCAUCCAACCGUAGACACCACUCGUCACCAAGUGAUCUGGGGCCGCGAGAUGAAAUGUGAAGUUGCGACUGAGUCUGCCGUACGCAGCGAGGCGGAUGUAUGCCCCGAGGCAUAUCAGCACGAUGCCCGCGAUCGCGGGGACGCUCCACGAGAACAGCUCCGGGUUGAGAUUGUGCGAUCGCGGACACACCUGCGCCAUUCGCUGGGGCGCGUAAAAUGGUAGUGCGGUGAGGAGGGCAUGGUAUGUGAUGGCAGUGACGGCGAUACGACGGAGGAUCGUUGUCCCCGAGCCUGCGAUGAAGCUGAUUCGAUCUGUUUGGUGUCGGUCUUUACGGUCGGGGGAUGGGUUGGGAGGUGUGGAGCAGAGCGCGCAGAGGUAGCCAGCGCCCAUCAUGGCGACAGCGAGAGCUGUGGCACUUGCUUGAGUCAUUGCGGUAAGCUUAUUGAUAGGAAUUGAGAGCGCCCUGGAUGGUCGGGGUUGCUUUUGAGCUGGUGGACUGACGGCCGUGG